UGACCACUUGGUCGGCGCUGGCAAGGAGGAGAAGCAUCAACAGACAAAGUUCGCGGCCGGGCAACGUCACGACUCCAGCAGCGAACAACCCCAACCCCUUGCCCUUGAUCCUGAGCAUGCUGCACAUGCACCCACGCCCAGAGCCGAGCAACGCCCGCGCCCACGCCCGCGCCCGCGCCAGGGCAAUGGGGACAGUGUAGACAACUACCGCGCAUUCGCCCAGAAUGCCUCUGUCCUCCCGCUGCCACUGCCCUCCCUCGACACCACUGCCUCGCCGCCGCUCCUUCACCGGCCUGCGCUGUCUCCGGCUAGCGCUGCGCUGUCGAUUAGAACCAAUCUGGAUCCACCCUCGACUGCGGGAGCCUCCAGGCCCAUACCCAUGAUGGACACGCCUGCCAUUUUCUACGACGAGUCGACGAAUGCCUCCGCCGAGCCGAUACUGCACCACAAUCUGACCUCACCGAGCACGCUGCCCACCAUAGGCUCAUCAUUACGCUCGAAUCGUUCUACCUCAAGUCUGGCUUCGUCGCUGUCUCCUGGGCCUGCUUCGGCUAUACCGUCCCCGUACCUGGCAGCAAUGGCCGACCUGACUCCGCUGCCUUCUCCACUUGUGGCCAACGAUUCUCCAGCCCUCUGGCCACGAAAGAUAUCCGCCACACCCAAUCGAUCGCGAGAAGGCUCUCUAGAAGGUCCCGCUCCGACUGGCCGACAGUACCUCCCACCGACCUCGCCAGAAUCGCCGUCCAAGAGAAAGACGGGCUAUGGUAGUCUCAUGCAGGAGGCUGCGAUCGCAAAUGCACAUAAUGCAGCGGGCGGACAGGAGCAUAUGAAAAAUGCCGCCCACACGCGGAAUCGCAGUAUCUCGGACUUUGUACCCAAGCCUCUGCACAACACGCGCCCGCGACAAGUCACGUAUGGUCAAGGCGAUGCGCCUCACAUCGAAGCCACCGAGUAUCAGAUGCAUAGAGAAGCGUAUCUCGCCGAACAAAGAGGCCUCACUGCGUCUGCUACGCCGCUAGAGACUUCGAAACAGCUUCCAACACCUCCCGCUAGCACCUCGAGUCUCGCUGGAAGCGACGAGGCCGAGGACGAGCAACCACACUUGGAAGAUGGCACGGUAACGGAGUAUUUGGAAAUCCAUUGCGGCAUUCACAACAAGAGGCGGAAAUUUCGGCAGCUACGAAGACUCGGACAGGGCACCUUUUCAACUGUCAUGCUAGCCACGUAUGAGAGAAUACCCGCACAUCCGACACCUGAGAUCGAAGAACACCUAGAUCCGCACAAGCUAGUUGCCAUCAAAAUCAUGGAGCAUGGGCCUGCGGGAGGUGCCGAUGAGGAGCGGAUUGAGGUCAGCCUGAAACGUGAAGUCGAGAUGCUGAAAAGCGUGUCUCAUCCAUCUUUGAUCCACCUGAAGGCGUGCGAGUAUCAGGAAUCGCGAGCAUUGCUGGUGCUUACAUAUUGCCCCGGCGGCGACCUCUUCGAAUUCGCGACUGAGAAGCGAGAGUUGCUGACACCUUCAUUAAUCCAGAGGAUGUUCGCCGAAUUGAUAUCUGCGGUCCAAUACUUGCACAAAAAUUGGAUCGUACAUCGGGACAUAAAGCUCGAGAACGUUUUGGUCAACCUCCGAGAACCAGAACUCCGAUCUUUGGCCAACCCCAUCACACAUCCCACACCGAUCGUCACAUUGACUGAUAUGGGUCUCAGUAGAAGGAUACCGGAACCGCCGGAGCAACCUUUCUUGACAACGCGCUGCGGCAGUGAGGAUUACGCUGCGCCGGAGAUCUUGCUCGGCCAGCCCUAUGAUGGAAGACUGACCGAUGGCUGGGCUUUAGGCGUUCUGCUAUACGCGCUGAUGGAAGGACGCUUGCCAUUCGACGCGCCGCCGGGCAAGCCGGACAGAAGCCGGAACACUCACCGCAUAGCACGCUGUGACUGGAUCUGGUGCAGGUUUGGCGACGAAGAUGGUGAGUGGGAUCCAACACGCGGCAUGGAGUUCGAAGGUGCCCAGCCUUGCGUGGAGGGACUACUGAAGAAAGUGCGCAUGGGUCGCAAACCUCUAGAAGAAAUUGAAAAGCUGGACUGGGUACAACAGGGAAUUCAGGUUGCUGGUGGGCUUCGCAUGCGCGAAGAAGACGAAGACGAUAAUCUUUGAUGAGUGUGAAGUUACGGCCGAGCAGUCCUCAAAAGUUGCUGACGUUGGGCGUUUGAACUUCUUCUACCUCGAGAAAAGGGCGUAUUUUCGUACUCGCCUAGCUAAAACAGCGCGCGGAUUGACUGGCUUGACGACUGAGGAUCAUGGCGUAUGGUGGGAAUUGUUUGUAAGAGAUACCAUCGGGAUUUGUUGCGUUUUAGUCGGUACUUGGUAACGACUGAGAUAUACUGACGAGGUCAAAUGGCCUAUCUAGAGCAACAAUUCUGAGAACUUUUCACG